AUGCACUCCCAAGACCCAAUUAUGAGUCUCUCAGGGCUCUGGCAGCCACGAAUCCAUCUCAAAAAUCUGCACUACGGUUCCGGGUGUGUUGAGCAGCACCUUCUCGGUACCUUACCUGGCCCUUCUUCCAAGGUUUUCAUCGUAACUGGUACAUCCCUUGCCAAUAAGACUCCCCUUGUUCGCCAAUUAGAAGAAAAGCUUGGAAAACAUCAUGCCGGAACGAUUACAGGAAUUGGACAACAUGGCCCAAUAGCGGACGUGGAGCGUGCUACCCAGGUAGUUUUGAGCCACCCUGAUGUCGAUACUAUUCUCUCGCUUGGUGGAGGAUCCCCUAUCGACACCGCAAAGGUCAUCUCGUUGCGGGUAAAAGAGACGAGAGGAACUUUUCUUACUCAUCUGACUAUCCCUACCACCCUGAGUGCCGCAGAGUGUACGGCAGGUGGUGGCUACACCAAAGGAGACGGUGUAAAGGUUGGAUUCCGAGCACCUGAGAUGGGCGUAUCCGCGAUAUUUUACGACCCAGAGUUUGCUCGCUACACUCCCAAAGAUCUAUGGCUGAGUACCGGCAUGCGUGCAAUGGACCAUGCGGUUGAAUGCAUGUAUCACCCUAGCUCGUCCGAAGUUCCUUGGAAAGCACUAUCGAUAUGGGCUGCUGGAGAGCUCUUUGAAUGCCUCCCCAAAGCACGAGAAUCGCAUCCUUUCGACAAUGUUGUGACCACUCGGUUGAUGCUUGCAGCUUAUGCAAGCUCAGGGUUGAAAGGAGAGAACCUAAAGGGAGGAAUGGGUCUUUCACAUAGCUUGGGCCAUGCGCUUGGCAGUCCUUAUGGUAUCCCACAUGGCAUAACUUCGUGCAUGACUCUCGGGAAGGUGGUGAAGUUGAAAGCCAACGAGUCGGCCUGGUCAGCAAAACAGAUUGCUCGCCUGCUACCUGGAGUAGGGGGCUCCUUGACGGGCGAUGAUUUACGGGACGCACUUGAGGUCGGCGAUCGCAUCAUAGCUUUGGUCGGAACACUUGGUUUGAAUAUUCCUAACUUGUCUGCUCGGGGCGUGGGCAAGGACCAGACUUUUACAAUCGCACAGAGAGCCCUUGGUGGGGUCAAGGAAGGACCCGCGUUCGAUAAAGUACUAGAAUUAUUGCAGACACUGUUCUAG